AGAGUUUCAAUUCUUGCUAGAUUUGUUAUAAAAAGGUUGAAAAGCUGGGAAAGCGACUUUCAAUAAGAGGCAAAAAGAAACAAAAAAAAAAACAAAAGAAAUCCACGCAGCUGCUUCUUCUUCUUCUUCGUCUUCUUCAAAGCUUUCCCGCUCGCUCAGAGACAUUAAUACAAGCACUUUGACUGCGAUAAAGACUUUAAUAGAAAUAUUAUUCAGAGAGAAGGAGAAUGAAGUACGUUUUGGUUACUGGAGGAGUCGUAAGUGGACUCGGCAAAGGCGUCACCGCCAGCAGCAUAGGCGUCGUCCUAAAAGCCUGUGGCCUUCGUGUUACUUCCAUCAAAAUUGAUCCUUAUCUGAACACGGAUGCCGGUACCAUGUCUCCUUUUGAACAUGGAGAGGUUUUUGUUCUUGAUGACGGCGGAGAGGUUGAUUUGGAUUUGGGUAAUUAUGAGCGCUUCCUUGAUGCUACUCUUACUAAAGAGAACAACAUUACUACUGGGAAGAUAUAUCAGUCCGUCCUUGACAAGGAACGAAGAGGUGAUUAUCUUGGAAAAACCGUUCAGGUUGUCCCACACAUCACAGAUGCUAUUAAGGACUGGAUUGAGUCCGUUGCUCUCAUUCCUGUGGAUGGAAAACAGGGCCCUGCAGAUGUUUGUGUGAUAGAGUUGGGAGGCACAGUUGGUGACAUUGAAUCAAUGCCAUUCAUUGAAGCUUUGCGACAGUUGUCCUUUUCAGUUGGGAAAGAUAACUUCUGCCUCAUUCAUGUGAGCCUAAUACCUGUGCUGGGUGUUGUUGGAGAGCAAAAAACUAAACCUACACAGCAUAGUGUUCGGGAACUUAGAGCAUUAGGCUUGACUCCUCAUCUGCUUGCAUGUCGCUCUGCUCAGCCCUUAUUGGAUAAUACAAAAGAGAAACUUUCACAAUUUUGUCACGUUCCGGCUGCCAACAUUCUAAGUAUUCAUGAUGUUCCCAAUAUUUGGCAUAUUCCUCUCUUACUUAGAAACCAAAAUGCUCAUCAAUCAAUUCUGAAACAGCUAGAUUUACUCAGCAUUGCCACAAUUCCAGAUUUAGAAGCUUGGACCAGGAGGGCAGAAACUUUUGAUAAUCUCACUGAUUCUGUGAGGAUUGCAAUGGUGGGGAAAUAUGUUGGCCUGACAGACUCAUAUCUAUCUGUUGUUAAGGCCCUUUUACAUGCAUGCAUUGCGUGCUCUUUGAAGCCAUCGAUUGACUGGAUUGCAGCUUCAGACCUUGAAGAUGAUAGUGCCCAAUUGACACCAGAAGCUCAUGCUGCUGCAUGGAAGACUUUAAGAAAUGCUGAAUGUGUCAUAGUGCCUGGUGGAUUUGGAGAUCGUGGUAUAGGUGGAAUGAUAUUGGCCGCAAAAUAUGCUAGAGAGAAUAAUGUUCCUUAUCUUGGCAUUUGCUUGGGCAUGCAGAUCUCCGUCAUUGAGUAUGCCAGAUCUGUUCUUGGUCUUGAAAGGGCAAAUAGUACGGAGUUUGAUGAGCAGACACCUGAUCCUGUUGUGAUUUUUAUGCCUGAAGGCUCAAGAACACAUAUGGGAAGCACAAUGAGACUAGGAUCUCGAAGAACACUAUUCCAGACCCCCGAUUGUCUUACUUCUAAAUUGUACUGCAAUCCACAGUAUGUAGACGAACGGCAUCGGCAUAGAUAUGAGGUAAACCCGGAUGUCAUUGGGGUUCUUGAACAAGGUGGGCUGAAAUUUGUUGGGAAGGAUGAAACUGGGAAAAGGAUGGAGGUUCUGGAGCUUCCAGGUCAUCCAUUUUAUGUAGGAGUGCAGUUUCAUCCAGAAUUUAAAUCGCGGCCAGGGAAGCCCUCGGCUCCAUUUUUAGGUCUUAUAUUAUCUGCAAGAGGACAAUUGGAAGCAUAUCUUAGCAGGCAUCAAAAAGGAAAUUGAUUUUACAAGUUAUACUGAUUACAUCGCAUCUGACUUACAAGGUAAUCUUCUUUCUGAAAAUUAAAUGUGAAGAAAUUCCUUGGGUAGAACAAAUUGUUACCUGGCUUAGCAGCCUGAUUGGCUGAGGAUGUGCUUUGACCUUGACAGUAGCUGCUCUAGAGACUAGAAUUUAUACUUGGUACUUUUGGCAAUGUUACGUCAACUGUAUUUUGUACCAUUGUUUGCACGCGUCUCCUUUUACUUUUACAUUAUUACAUAUGUUCACAUUGCGUGGGGAAGGAUUUAUGCGGAAAUUGUCUAAUUGCUCUCGUGCACCAACUGGUACGAGGGAAAGGUAUUUUCCUGUACCUAGGUCAACUUGACAUGGUCUAGCACAGCGCACCAAUGUAUCUAAUGAUAUGUUAAGGUGUCACUAUUUGGCAGUGUUAGGCCACUGGGAUGCAGCCUUUGCCGGUGGUUUGGUUAGUGUAGGGUACAGUCAGAUACAACUUUCAAUUUUUUUUUUUUUGUUUUCUGAACUGACACCUAGCUCGGUACCUAUGUUUGCAGGAGAAAAUUGAUAUUAUUUGAGGUCUUACGCUAUAGAUAUACGCAAGGAGGUUCUUCACGUGGAUCCUUAUUGCAAUGCACAUAUUAUGGUCCUUCAGUUCUUACCCGACUCAUUCUUUCCUAUCUACCUUUAAUCAAAAAAGGAUAAUUGAGUUCUUGGUGCAUUUGACCUGAUAUUCACAGGGCAAAUCUUCAGAAUUGGUUCCAGAAAAUUGUAGCAAUGUGUGAGAGUUACAGCAUUCUUGACUGAUUUGAGGGAUUUCCGUUUUAUUGUCCUAAAUUUCAGAACUUAUUUUCUACAUGUUGAUUGGCAUGUAGCUCUUUCAGCAACAGGUUAAAAAUAAAAUCCUUUUUUUCAUGGGUAUAUAGGGGGUGAGGAAAGGCAGAUGUAAUCUCUUCCGAAUUGUCAUGUCGUUUCAUGUAAUUCUUCUAUCAAUGAUAGCAACUAUUUUUUUACCUCAA